UCAUCAUUUGUAUAAUCAAAAGUAAUUUCUCACCUUAUGGGAGACUUUAUGGGAGGAAAGCCUACCGGAAGAUUUAGCAAUGGAAGAGUCCCAUCAGACUUCAUUGGUGAAGGAUUUGGAUUGAAGGAGAUUUUGCCGGCUUAUCUGGAUCCGAAUUUGCAGCUUCAAGACCUACUUACUGGUGUAUGUUUUGCCUCAGCAGGUUCAGGAUAUGACCCUCUUACUACCAAAUCACAGUCUGUCUUGUCGUUAUCAGAUCAAUUAAACUUGUUCAAAGAAUACAAAAGCAAGAUAACCGCAGUAGUUAGGAAUGAAAGAACAGCCACUCUACUAUCAAAAAGCUUAUUCGUUCUUUCGAUAGGAAGCAACGACCUUGCACUUAAUUAUUUUUCUACACCACUGAGGAGCGCUCACUAUGAUAUUCCAGCUUAUACAGACUUCCUGCUUGAAUUAGCUUCAAACUUCUUUCAGGUAAUAUUCGACAAACACCAACAGUUUCCCCACUUGUUUAGAGAGCUGCAGGAACUUUAUGCACUGGGAGAAAGAGUGAUUGAAGUAGCAAGUAUGUCGCCAAUUGGGUGUGUACCAGCACAGAGAACACUAGGUGGAGCCAUAGAGAGAGCCUGCGAUGAGACUGAGAACCAAGUAGCAAUCCUCUUCAACUCGAAGCUCUCCGCCCUUAUAAACUCCCUCAAUAAGAGACUUCCAGAAGCACAACUCAUUUACGUUGACAUAUAUAACCCUUUGUUGUCCAUUAUCCAAGAGCCUGCUCAAAAUGUGGUGGAUAAAGGAUGCUGUGGAACAGGAACUGUUGAGUUCGGGUCUCUGUGUAACAAAGACACCCCGAGUACUUGCAACGAUGCGUCCAAGUACAUAUUCUGGGAUGGCCUUCAUCCCAUAGAAACAGCUUACAAGAUCCUCACCUAUGCAAUAUUAAAGCAAUUAAGUUGA